AGGAGUUGUGUGAUGCUCCUGUUGUGUCCCGCUGCCAUUUCAUCCGCGGAUCAUCGCGGAAAUAUCAACUGUCAAAUUAACCAGCGGCUCAUCCGAUCCGUCGGUUUGAACACUCAGCAGGAGGGGUUUGAUCGUUGAAUGUUGAGGGUGAACAAGCGAGAUUCUUAAUAUGAUCUAAGUUAUUGUCCUGUUAUUUCUGUUAUUCAAGCCCUGCUAUUCUGGAAGAUCAUUUUUAGAAGACAUAAUCAUCGACAUGGGGUUUGUUUUUCACAGGCACUGACCUCUUAACUUUAAGAUUUUAUUUUGGUGAGACAUGGAGACGAUAUGGCUCUAUCAGUUUCGUCUGAUUGUCAUCGGAGACUCCACAGUCGGCAAGUCUUGUCUGAUCCGGAGGUUCACCGAGGGCCGCUUCGCCCAGGUGUCAGACCCGACGGUGGGGGUGGACUUCUUCUCCCGCCUGGUGGAGGUCGAGCCGGGCAAAAGAAUCAAACUACAGAUCUGGGACACUGCAGGGCAGGAGAGGUUCAGGUCCAUCACCAGAGCUUACUACCGUAACUCUGUGGGGGGGCUCCUGCUCUUCGACAUCACAAACCGCCGCUCCUUCCAAAACGUCCACAACUGGCUGGAAGAGGCGCAGAGCCACGUGCAGCCACACAACAUUGUCUUCCUGCUGGUCGGUCACAAGUGCGACCUGGAGGAGCAGCGUCAGGUGAGCCAGCAGGAGGCCGAGAAGCUGGCCGGGGCCUACGGGAUGCGCUACGUGGAGACGUCGGCGCGGGAAUCCGUCAACGUGGAGAAGGCGUUUGUGGAUCUGACGAGGGACAUCUUUGAGCUGGUGCGCAGCGGAGACAUUAAGAUCCAGGACGGCUGGGAGGGCGUCAAGAGCGGAUUUGUUCCUAACAUCGUCCAUUCCUCCGAGGAAGUCACCAAGGGCGCCCGCCAGUGCUUCUGUUGAUUCACCUCGCUGCAGCCUGGGGUGGCGGGUCGAGGCGAGGGCGGAGAGGAGGGGGGGUGACAGGUACUAGUACUACUAGUAGGACUCCAAUCUGUUGGAGCUCUGUCUCAAGACUUGGGGGCACCAUGGCCAGUUUUCUCUGGAACGUGUGAUAUUUGCCCUGCUCAAUUACGCAAUUUGCUUCUAUAUAUGAUACUUUGUUUAUCUUCCUGUGCCUGUUAAUGGCUCUUUGUUGAUGUUCCUAGCAGGAGUAGAAGCACAAGAAGCAUCCUGGUCUUUUCUGUUUGCAUGUGUGCGUGUGUGUGUGUGUGUGUGACUGCCUCUAACAACACUCCUGGUCUCUGCAGCUCUCCACACAUCUGCUUUACCGCACUUUGCUUUCCUGAAGUGCACAGUUACACCCCAGUGGCUAGUGAUGUUGUCGGUGCACUUCUCUUGAAGACUGAUAGUCAGUGAAACGUGUGAACUUCAAUCUGAAUCAGAGACGCAAAGAGUGAACCUUCCCUAUUCCUUUACGUGCAUAAUAUAUAUUGCAACCGUGUGCGGACUAUUUAACCAUCUAUUUAGCUGGUGAGAAACGAGACAGAAAGAGAUGCUGCACUGCACAUCCAAGUGGCUUAUAACUAAAACAGAGCGGAUGAUAAUGCAAAGUAAACUCCAAUUGAACCAAAGUCUGAGGCUCGGCUGGAGUUUUUGUUUGUCCGUCUGACUGCGACCUGCCAACGAAUGCUUGAGAAGGAGUUUGCACUGUGAGAAUGUUUGACAUCUGCCGAAAAGAGUCGAUACUGUAGCCAAGAGCCAUCAUGGCUUAAGAAUAGCAAGGAGAUGAAUCAAUAUGUUAGGUAUCCACGUUCAUGUUUACUACCCUCUGUUGGAUCAGUGAUGAGAUGAGAAUCCUUAAAACCUUUUGUUUGGAAUGCCCAAUAUGUUCAAUAUGAAAUCAUCGGAGACCAUUGUUAUAUCAUUAUUUGCAUUUUCGAAUAGCUGUUUUUGUUGCACAGCGGCAUAACAGGAGUAUAUUUCAUACCAUAUUUAAUUUUAUAAAUUCAGUUUUCAGUGGUGCUGUCAGCAGCCCGGUGCCCCCAUCAACAACUGCUAUCAGAUGUAUCCCUUUAUCGUUUUAGGGCUCUAUUGGAAAGGGAUUUCAUUGGUUUGUUUAAAUAUGCAUUAACAUUUAACAUGAAAUGGUACCUUCAGGUCAUAUAUGUAUCCUCGUACUUUUCCCUGCAAUCCAUUUAUAGAUUCAUAUCCAUAUUUAAUCAUUGCAUGCAUCCAUUCAAACUCAUAUUUUCCAAGGAAAGAAAAUAUUCUUGAUAUAAUGUAAAUACACAUUUCACUUCAGUUCCUGGAAUCUCAUCAGAGCAGCAAUAAUAAAGAUAGAAAUGUAUGUACAAAACCCUGAAGGGCAGUCGGGGUCUCUAUUUCGAGAGCCUUUUGAAGGAGCAAAGCAUACACGCAUUCAACUUCCUGUUCAUAGAGGAAACUGUGUUUUUUCUGUGUAUAUCAAAAACUAAACCGUUAGAUGGCAGCAAACACAUCGGUGUUGCUAACAAACCUGUAAAAAUGUAUUUUAAACCUAACCGUGAAAUGUUGAGUCUUUAAUGUUGUUGUGACUCUGGGAUUUUGCUCAAAUGUAAUCAAUAAUAAAUGCCUUGAGAAAUUAA